AUGGCCGAGCGCAGCGUGCGCGUAUUCACUGUGGCCAGCGAGUCGCGCUAUGUGGUGGUGCGCAACGUGCCGGCGCUCGGGGUGAUCGAGGACCUGCUCAAGCGGCUCAGUCUAUACGGGAAGGUCUGCGAGUACCGACUGCUGGACCACGCGGACGACCGGCAGGCGGCGCUGCGGUUCGAGCAGGCUGAAGACGAAGACAACGAGUUCACGGACACGGUGUGGGUGCAGUACGAGACGGUGAACAACGCGCGCCACGCCAAGGCGCGCGGCGUGCAGAAGCCCUUUUACGGCAGCCGACUGCAGAUAUCCUACGCGCCGCAGUUCGAGUCGCACGAGGAUACAGCAGACAAGCUGGCAAAGAGACGGCAGCUGCUGCAGCGUCGAGCUCGGCCCAACUUCCCUCAUGGAGAGAGGAGAACUGCCACCAGCACAACCAAGGCCACAACUUCCACAUCCAAGACAACCCCCGCUGCCGGCAAGAGCACCACAGCAAAACACUAA